AUGGUGGAACUACCGAGACUUGCUUUGGACAUUUCAGUUCCUCCAAAAGCUCUUGCACGUCGUGGCGGUGUUACUAUUUCUGAAGAUAUCAUCUUGACAUUUCUCCAGUUCACAGCGAAGAAUCCACGGGAAGCAUUGCAAGAACUCGGUACGACCUCCUGGGACCUUAUCGUCGGUGUACGAAAUUUCCCAAUAGGGAUGCCGCGAGUAGCGGUAGCUCUUGGACUUAAUGACUAUUGCAAAUGGGGGCUAGAGGCAACGAUGCUCGAGACUAUACAGUCUGAUAUAAAAGAUCUUCGAUUCUGAAAGCAAUUGCGUACAAUGGUUGCUGAUUUU